AUGUCUUCUUCACCAAAGAAAAUACGUUUAAAUAUUAUAAAAUAUAUAUUUCUAUUAUUACUCCACCAAGAAAACCUACACAAAUUAAAUAUAAAGUAUAAUUCCCAGAUUAUAGGCACCAAUGUAAGAAAAAAUAGAUCUCUAGUAAAAUAUGAAAAAUUAACAUCCCAAAAUGACAAAAUGUAUGAUACAAAAUUACCAAAAUUAAACAAAAAAAUAAAUAAACAUAAGGAUGAUUUCUUAUUAUUUAAUGAAAUUUUAGAUGAUGAAUUAAAACUAUAUGACAUAGAAAUAAACAAAUUCAAAGGAAGAAAUAAAGCUUAUACUUAUGAAAAUCAUUAUAAUAAUGAUGAAAUGGAAUCAAAUUAUAAAAAAAAAUUCAUUCAUGACAAAUAUAUAUUUUAUAAAAAUAUUAUUCCAUUUCUUAAAAAAAAUAAAAUAUUUUGCAAACGUUGUAUGAAAAAAGUCAGCAGAUCUCUAAAUAUGUUCAAGACAAAUUUUGCAUUUAUAUUCAGUGAAGCCAAUUCACCAAUGUCUUUAAGAGACUCCAUAAUUGUUGGAUCAUGUACAUCUUUACUUGCAUUUCUUUGUGCAAUAAUUGUUUGUGGAAUUGCAAUUGGAAUUUGCUAUCUACUUAGAUUUAUUGCUUUACAUAUCACUACAUUAAAUCCGGCAACAAUACCAAUAUUUAUAAUUCUUAUAUUUGCGAUUUUUGUAGUUGUGUAUCUUGUAAAAUCAAAGAAAAAAGAAAACGAAUUGAUGGACAGAUAA